AUGAGGAGCUCUCGAAUCAUGGAUGCCUUCUGCAAAGAUGCAGCCCGCGCCGAAUGGACGCCCCAGCCCACGAAACCACAAAAGCUAAAGAAGAAACACAGAUUCUCUCUCUCCAAGCGCAGCACAUUCGGGAAACCUAUCGCCUUUUCUGAAGAUGACAUUCCCGUCGCCAAUCCUCGCCGACUAUCGCGGGCACCACGGUUGGAGGAGGACUAUCGUAGGGCACAGGGGGAAGGCCCAUUAUCAAUCUCAAAGGUCGGAAACAACCCCCCACAGCCUGUGCCGGAGCCCAUUUUCCCGCCGGACCAGUUUGCGGUCAACGAGAGCAUGACAGCAUCAUAUCGGCGGCGGUCGUGGACGCUGAAGCCGCGGAAUGGGGCGGGGCCUGCAAAGCCAGCGUUGGUGACCAUUGCAGAGUUCGAAGAGGGGAAUGAGAUGAAGUCAGGGUUUGUGUCGUGUGCGGCUUCGAUAGCCUAUACCUCGCCGUCAGUAUCACGAUCGACGACCUACACUUCACCAACAACCGCAACAUCUAACGCCCAAGAGAAAGGGAAAGAGCACGACACAAAGGCUCCUCUCCGCUCACCACCACCCCCAAGAACCAACCCAGACGCACCCCCAAUCCCAAAGCUCCCCGACUCCACCCCCAAGCCCAUCACCCCCAGCCCCGCAACCUUCAACCCGCAACCCUCCCCAGACCAAUACAUCCAGCAGUCCGCCCGCCGCCCCCAGAGCCAGCGCAUCUUCCGCGUCAACAGCCGCGGCACCGCCCCAAAGCGCAUGUCCAGCAAGAAGUCCUACCCCACAAAGGAAAAAGUAAUCACCCUCGGCGCCGCCCGCCCAAAACUCAUCGAGAUCAUCCCCGCCGGCCGGCGGCGCAGCCGCGGCAUGCGAAACUCUGCGCCCCCGAAACUGGCUUCGCCGCUGGCCCUCACCGGGCCGUAUGAGCUCCCGGUUGUAUCGUCGCCGAAAGCGACGCGUGUGGCGGAGUUGCCGGCGGUCGUGGUCGGAGGGGCGUCUCCGACGACGCCGAUACUGACCUUCACUGCGCCUACGCCCACGCCUACUCCGACGCCGGAGUCUAUUCCGGCGCCGACGAGGAAGCCACCGCCGCCGCCGGUGGUGGCGGCAGAGGAGAAGACGGAGAAGACGGUGUAUAAGCCGUACCGCGCGCCCACGCCGGAGGUGGUUGAUGAGAAGCCGCUUCCGGCCAUUCCGCCGCUGAAGACGGGGUGGCCGGCGUGGAAGAAGGAGGCGGAUGUGGUGGUGGUGGAGAAGAAGAGGAUGGAGGCGGUCGAGAAGAAACAGGAGGUGGUGAAGGAGGAGGUGAGGAAGACGGUGGUGAUCCCGGAGGCGUUGAGGAUUGGGAUGGCGAGUCAGAGUUUGGAGGCGAGGUUGGGGAGUUGGGAGGCGUUGGCGGCGGGGGAGAGGUAUUAG